UCUCCUUUCUCCAGAUCCUGUUUUCAACAACGGACCAGCGUCAUCACUUGAUCUCGAGUUUCAGGAAUUACAUGAUGUGAUAGGCGUUAUAUAAACCCGGCGUGUAUCCACGGCGUUUGUAACCAAUUCUCCUCGGAAUCAUUUGCUUCUUAGCGAAAAAGAUGUUGCUUCCGGCUGGAAUUCGUUUACAUGUAUUCUUGGUUCUAUCACUCUUCGGUGGCGAAGUCCUCCAACGCACCAAUGCACAAGGAGAGAUUGUGGACUUUUCUUGUGGAUGGAAUAGAUAUUUGACACAAAUAACUAGUACCUAUAACGGCUAUGACAGAAACUGGUCGUUUGGUUGCCAACCCCUUGCUGCUGGUAUCUUAAUCGGGGACUGUGAUUGGACAGGUUACAUCAAUAGUUAUGACAAUUUUUUUUCCUACGUGUGCCCUAACAAUGGAUUACUGAACGGUUUCCGAAGUGUCUAUGAUAUCUAUUAUCGAGACAGACGUUGGGAAGUCCAGUGUUGUCCAAUCAUUAAUCGUGGCCGUGAACAGUGUCAUUUCACCGAUUACCUCAACUCGUAUGGCAGUUCGUUUGAAUAUACCGUACCCCAUGGUGAAUUUGUACGGGGAAUCCGCAGUACCUAUGCUGAGUUGGAAAAUGACCGUAGAUAUGCAUAUGAAGUUUGUGAAUUCUCGUAAGAGCACCAUUGCGACAGCACGGAUUGUAGUCAACGGUUUGCCAAUGUAUGGAAACAGACAACUAGGACUCGUUAAAUGUAGCCAACCCAGCGUUAAAUGUCCAUCCUUUUAUUCAUAAUAAACCCUUCAGCAGAUUGU